AUGCCGACAUGCACCCGAUUAGGUUGCGGGCAAGAUUUCCACUCCUCCGCUCCCUGCACAUACCAUUCCGGCACGCCGGUUUUUCACGAAGGUUUGAAAUCCUGGUCAUGCUGUCAACAAACGCACAAGCCAGUGACGGAUUUCGAUGAUUUCUUACGAUUGCCAAGAUGUUGUACGGCCGAACGGCAUUCGGAUGUCAAGGUUGCGCCUUUGAAGAAGGAGGACAAGGAGAGGGAUGCGGGAGGGAAGAGUGGUGUGGACAAGGAUGGGAAGGAGUACUAUGGACAGCAACAGGGUAAAGGUGCGGGUCAGGGUGCAGCGCUUAGCGCGAAUCAUCUCGCAAGUCUGCAAAGGAUGAAGGUGGCAGAGACUUCCAAAGAAAAGGGCAAAUCCUCCGUCGUGGCAGAAGCUCCAAAGGAAUACGUGGAGCAGCAAGACCCCCCAGAUGCAGUCGUGUCCCACGGAAGCACUUGCAAAAGGUUGGGCUGCGGCGUCAAGCACACGCCUGCAGAUGGAGAGAGGAAGAGACAGGAAGAGAUCUGCACGUACCACAAAGGAGCGCCAAUCUUUCACGAAGGCUCUAAAGGCUACUCUUGCUGCUCCAAACGCGUGAUGGAUUUCAACGAUUUCUUGAGCAUAAAGCCCUGCACCACAUCCAAGGCCGGUCAUCUCUUCGUCGGAUCGAUGGACGAGGAGACGGAGGAGCAAAGGCGGACAGAUGGCUUCGAAAGGGUGGAGUGUAGGAUGGAUCAUUACGAGACGCCAAAGGACGUUCACGUGACAAUAUACGCCAAGGGGGUUGACAAGGAAGAUUGCAAAGUGACAUUCAAAGAGGAUCAGGUGAAGUGGCUGGCUGCCUUGCGCGACUUGGUCGGCACUCGGUCCAAGCCGGGCGUUUUACUGAUCAGCCACUCCCCAAACAUUUCCCCCGACGCUAUAUACCGAUCGAAUGCGUCUCUCUGA